AUGCCCAGUUAAGCCAAAAAAAGACUAUCAAAAGAAAGCUUAAAGAAACUAAAACUCUUACAAAAAUCAAUAUCGAAGAAUAGAGUUUAAGAAAUAAAUCAAAAUCUUAUUUUAGAUAUGGAUGAUUUAAUCAAUUUCUUUAAAUAAAAUAAGGCUUUAAAAUUAUACAAAGGUACUUUAUCUUAUUUCAAAAUUAAUCCCUUAAAUAAUAUGCUAUACCUUUUAUCCAGUAUAUAAAUUAACUAAUAAUAAUACAAAUAUAAUUAAGAUUAAUUAUAAAAAAAGGUUAUUUAUGGUCUUUUGCAAUUAUUUGAAGAAAAGAGAGUUAUACCUAAAAUAUUAGGUUGUAUAAAAUUAGAAAAUGGAAAUUUUAAAUUAAAUAAUAAUUUAUUGCAUCUCUCAGAAUUAAUUACUUUAGCAUUUCUAAAUGAUGAUUAUAAAUUUAAAAAUUAAGAGAAAAUAGAAAUUGAUGAAUCACAACCUAUAAAUGAUCAAUAUUUAUUAUUGUUAUCCUUAUAAUUACUUCAACCUCAUGCUGAUUAAUUCUUAAAUCCUAAACAUUUAAACCACUAAGAUUUUAAUUAAAUUUAUGAAACAUAUAAAUUAAUUUCUACUGCUUCAGAAAAAGAUCAAAUUAAUAAAUAAAUUAAAUAGAUUUACACAAAUAUUGCUGAAAAAAUCAAUUCUUUGGGUUGUUAUCAUUUAUCAAAUGAAAUAUUAAAUAAAUCAAAUAAUAUAGAAUUACUAAGAUCAUAUAUAAUAAAGAAAUUAGUAAUCAUUUCAAUAACAUAAAUUAAUGAAUAAAAAAUUGGAUUACCUGAAAUUGUUAGAAAGAUCACACUCUCUAAUCCUGAUUUAACAAACUUUGUUGGUUAAAAAGGAGGAGUAGAACUAAGAUAUCCAUUAUUUUUUAUUAAAUAAUUAUCUAAAUAGGAUGAAAUUAAAGAUUAAAAACUUUAAUAUUGUAUAAGAUAAUUGGAUGAAAAUUUGAAUUGGUUAGAAUUGAAGUCUCUUUAUUAUAACACUAUUUUACCAAAUUAUUAAAAUUAUGAAUUAUUAAGUGAAGAAGAUAUUAUUAUUGCUUAAUUAGAAAUAUUAGAUUAGAAUUUCAAUAAAUAUGAAAGAUAAAUUAGAAAACAUAUUAAAAAACCUUCUGCAAAAUCUUAAAUAAUAUAAAUUGAAAAUAUCUUAAAAGAAGAAUCUAAUAAUUCUUAAAUUCCUAAUUAAUUAUUAAAAAAAUUAACUUAAAUUGGUUAAAAACUCAUUUAAUUUAGAGAUAUUUGUAAUUCAGAAAGUCACUAAAAACCAAAAGUUCCGAAAUAUGCAAGAAAGAUAUUAGAGGCUCCUAAUAAAGUGGCUCAGCCUGCAGAAAGUUAUAACUGUUUAUCUGAUCUUUUGAAAUAUGAAAGGCUUAAGUUUUCGCAUUUUAUUAGAUUUUUUGGUGAAUAUUUGAUUAAUAAAAAUGUUCCUUAUCCUUAUUUUUUUGAAAUAUUAAAAUGUGGUCAAAGUUGUGUUAGAGUAGAUGUAAGAAUAACAACAAUAGAAUAAUUUGUUUAAGAUGCUCAUUUUAUUAAUUUUAUUUUUGAAGAAUAUUAAAUUGAUAUAAGUGGUCUAUCUUUAAGAGAAAGAGCCAAUAAAUUGGGAAAUGUACCUUAUGAUGUUUUAAUUAAGAAUCAUAUUUUUAAAGAAUGUUGGGGAGAUAUUCUUAUAAAAUAGGCUUAAUUAAUAUAUGAAAAUAGGAAAACAUUAUAAUGGGAACUUGUAAAAAGAUUGAAAAAUGAAAAGGUUUUAGAAGUGUUUACUUAAAUUGAAGAAUAAGGAAGAAAUAUCAGUUGGAAAAGAUUAGAAUUAUAAAGAGAGAUUAUAAAGUUGAAAAAUUAUUUAUAGAAAUAAUAAUGA